ACCCCCCAGAUAUCUCAAUUUAGUCAACUUCGAAUUUGAGAAAUUAAUGGAUACAGUACAAGUUCCAGAAGUGGAAUUGAACUCCGGCCACAAGAUGCCGGCCAUAGGCUUCGGGACUGGGGCAUCCGCCGCCUCCGCGGUACCGGCGGAGCAGCUGGUACAACUCAUCGUCGGCGCCAUCGCCGCCGGGUACCGCCACUUCGACACGGCGGCGAUCUACGGCACGGAAGAAGUCGUCGGCCGCGCCGCCGCGGAGGCGUUGGGCGGCGGCCUGAUCAAGAGCCGCGGCGAACUGUUCGUCACCUCCAAGCUAUGGUGCACCGAUGCGCAUCGCGACCUAGUCCUGCCCGCCCUCCAGGAAACACUCCGGAAAUUGGGGUUGGAGUAUGUGGAUCUGUAUCUGAUACAUUGGCCGAUAAGGAUGUCGAAAAAUAGUAGUAUUCAUAAUGCGGAGAUGAUGAAUUUUGAUGUGAGAGAAACUUGGGCAGCCAUGGAAGAAUGUUGUAGACUGGGUUUGGCUAAGUCUAUUGGUAUCAGCAAUUUCAGCUCUGCAAAAAUCGCUAAAUUACUCGAAAAUGCCACCAUCCCACCUGCAGUUAACCAGGUGGAAAUGAAUGUUGGAUGGCAACAAGGGAAAUUGGUGCAAUUUUGCAGGGAGAAAAAGAUACAUAUAAGUGCAUGGUCUCCACUAGGAGCAAAUGCAGUGAUGGAGAAUCCAGUCCUUAAAGAAAUUGCAGUUAACAAAAACAAGACAUUGGCACAGGUUGCUUUGAGAUGGAUUUACGAGCAAGGAGCGACUCCAACCGUGAGGAGCUUCAAUAAGGAGAGAAUAAUGCAAAACAUUCAAAUCUUCGAUUGGGAACUAAGUGACGAAGAAGUUCACAAGAUACGGCAAAUCCCGCAGCACAGAGCCGGCAGUGGGAAAGAGUUUGUUUCUGCAGAUGGACAAUACAAGUCGAUAGAGGAACUUUGGGAUGGAGAAAUAUGAUUUUGUAAUUAUACACUUCUUCAAUUUGCAUCCCUAUUUAAUUAUUUAGUAUAAUGUAAUAAAAUUCGCGAGAUUCUCGGAACAUUUUGCGUAAAUAUGUUUUGCGAUAUUUGGUCUUGAAGACAUAGUGAUUGGUUUCGAAUUCGAAUUAACUUUUCGCUC